AUGGGUUUGCAGAACUGGGUGCAUGAAACCAAUCUCGCGGUGGCUCGCAGCCCCGUGGGGAGAUGGUUCCGGUUGGAGAACUCGGGCCAUCCCAAGGAACGCAAGGGUAGUUUCUUCUUCACCGAGCUCCGCGCCGGUCUCGCCACCUUCUUCGCGAUGGCGUACAUCAUCAGUGUCAACGCGACCAUCACCUCCGAAUCGGGUGGUCCCUGCGUCUGUCCCGCGGAUAGCAUGUCCGAUCUCUGCGCAACCAACACGGAGUACCUCCUGUGCGUCGAGGAGGUCAACCGCGACGUCGUUACCGCGACCGCUGCCAUCUCGGCCCUGUCGACCUUCUGCAUGGGACUUUUCGCCAAUCUUCCGGUCGCGCUCGCCCCAGGCAUGGGUCUCAACAGCUAUUUCGCAUACACGGUGGUCGGAUAUCACGGAUCGGGUUUGAUCCCUUAUGGAAUCGCCUUGACGGCCGUCUUUGUGGAAGGUUUCGUCUUCUUGGCUCUGACGCUGUUGGGUAUCCGACAAUGGCUGGCCCGUGCGCUACCUGCCUCGAUCAAGCUGGCCACCGGCACGGGUAUCGGGCUGUAUCUGACCCUGAUCGGCCUCACUUAUAGUGCGGGUAUCGGACUUGUGACGGGCGGAACCAGUGUGCCCAUCGAUCUGGCAGGAUGUACUGAGAGCCUAAAGGAUGCGACCACUGGUGCUUGUCCUUCCUCGGCCGUCAUGCGUAGCCCGACCAUGUGGAUCGGUAUCUUCUGCGGCGGUGUGCUCACCGUAGUGCUCAUGAUGUACAGAGUCAAGGGUGCUAUCAUCAUGGGUAUCCUCCUUGUCUCUAUCAUCUCGUGGCCCCGCCCCACUGAUGUCACCUAUUUCCCUCAUUCUUCGAUCGGAGACAGCCGUUUCGACUUCUUCAAGAAGGUGGUGACCUUCCAUCCCAUCACGCGCACGCUCGUCGCGCAGGAGUGGAACAUCAGUGGUCACGGCGCGAAGUUCGGGUUGGCUUUCAUCUCGUUCUUGUAUGUCGACAUUCUCGACACGACGGGAACGCUGUAUUCGAUGGCGCGCUAUGCAGGCACGAUUGAUCCGGUCACGCAGGACUUCGAGGGCAGCUCUAUUGCCUAUAUGGUGGAUGCCAUUUCGAUCUCGAUCGGGUCUCUGUUUGGAGUUCCGCCCGUGACGGCUUUUGUGGAGAGUGGAGCCGGUAUCUCAGAAGGAGGCAAGACGGGGCUGACAUCCUGCAUGACGGGCCUGUGCUUUUUCAUCUCGGUGUUCUUCUCGCCAAUUUUUGCCUCGAUCCCUCCCUGGGCGACUGGUUGCACGCUAGUCAUCGUCGGGGCGCUGAUGGCGCAGGCGGCGACGCAGAUCAACUGGAAGUACCACGGCGAUGCCAUUCCGGCAUUCUUGACGAUUGCCAUCAUGCCGUUCACGUAUAGUAUCGCGUACGGGUUGAUUGCCGGUAUCUGCAGCUACAUCACGAUCAACGGCAUCACGUGGGUGCUGGCGAAGGUGACGGGCGGGCGGUUGGUGCCGCCCAACCUGGACGAGAGUGAGCCAUGGACGUGGCGGAUUCCAGGAGGGCUGUUCCCUCCGUGGUUGAAGCGGGCGGCGCGAGGUAAGAAAGACUUUUGGCGCGACGAUUCGAUGGAUCGCAUUGCCGGUUUCGGGAAUUUGCCCCCCAUUCCUGAUUCGGUUCGGCCGGCAGGAAGGAAUCAUCUCGGGAAUAGUUCCCAGCUGAGAAGGAGUUAUCCUAGCGAAUGA